CUUCACCAUCUCAUUUCUCCAUAGAAUCAUCGGUUACACCCGUUAUUUGUUGCUUACUGCCAGAGGACAUAUUCUAUACACACUUCUGACUGUUCGACGUAUCCCUUUGCCAACGAUCGCCAUCCCUUGUUCUUCUGCUGCAUCGGAGCCUUACCGCGCACAUCGCUGCCCAGUGCGAUUUGAGCCAUCACAAACCCAACCCUUUUUCACCUGUCGCAUACAAAUUCUGCCUGCCAACCUACGAUACUGAGGCUACGCGAUGAUGAACCCCUCCCAGCUCUUUCUCCUCGCAGAUCAUAUCAAACUUUCGCUUCUAGAACGACAACGGGCCAUUUCGCUAAGCCUUGAGCCCAAUAGCCAAGAUGGAGAGAUCUCCCGCUCAUUAGAAUCUCUACGAGAAGGAAUCGAAGCAGCGGAGGCAGAACAACGGCGCUUGGAGAAGGCAGGUGAUGAGGACGCGGCGGACUGGAAAGACCAACUCGAUCAGUUGCACAUUCAAUUCCGCGACUUGUCCAUCCAAUUUCACGGCGAGGGUAGUGCUGGUGCCACAUUGAGCUCACCCAAUGACCCGGCCUUGGCUUCCGACUUUGCUAGGGCGAAUAAUACAUCGCCCGAUCUGAAACAGCCCGUUCCACAGCAUCCGCCUACCAAGAACGUUCAAUUCAUGGCCGCCGGCGCAGAUGAGGAUGAGGAUCCCAACCGUCGCAAUCUAUUCCAGCCAUACCGUGACUCGCCAUCCCCCCCGGGUGUUGAUCAGUCUAAUAUGGAUAACCAGCAGGUACAUGCGUACCACUCGCAAGUGCUUCGUGACCAGGAUGACCAAUUAGACCGCCUGGGGGAAUCGAUCGGACGACAGCAUCAAUUGAGUAUUCAGAUUGGUGAUGAGCUGGAUGGACAUAUCGCAUUGUUGGAUGAGGUCGACGAAGGUGUAAAUAGGCAUCAGACCCGGCUGGACCGUGCGAGAAAAGGGCUGGACAAAGUCCGGAGAAGCGCAGGAGACAAUUGGAGUCUGAUGACAAUCGUUGGUCUGAUUAUCAUUCUGAUUAUCCUGAUUGUUAUUCUGAAGUGAGUUCCGUGUCUGGGGCUCCUUGAUGAUACGAACUAGUUUAUGAUUCCGGAUGGGGGGUAUGGCGUUAAGAAUUGUCCGUUCGUUCUGUUUGUUCAUUCCGAAGAGGUUAUUUAUGGGAUAUAUAGGCGUUGGGAAUGUUAUGCUGCCAUGGUCAUUUGCUGACACUCUCCUUACCACGCCACUGAUACUUCGCUUUUACAAGGUCAACAUACGAUAUUACGCUACCAAGACAGUCUUUGCAGAAAACCGUAGAUAUUAAACCUCAGACUCCUAAGAAAAAUGCCAGUCUGACCGACCCAGUAAGAACAGAACUAUAAUACAAUAAUAAAAUAACCACCACCCCUAAUUAUUCAAACUCAAGGGCCAUGGGCACUUCUGGGGGAAUCCUUUGUACGCUGCUGUAGCUUCUCCAUGUUCUCGGCAUCGGUCUG